UCUGGAGAUUGUGAGCGAUGGCCGGCGAUUGAGCUGUUGCAAUUGAGUUGGAGAUGAUCUGUGACAGCACGACGCGCGGGGUUUGGGAGCGGAUCAUCCGGGUGACACACGAGUCUCCUGGUGUUCAGUGGAUUGCGACGGUGAAAAACGGGGUUGAAAUGGUGAGCUUGCAGAAUGCAGACAGCAACCGCAAGCGGCAAAUCAUAAGCUGGAAGAGACCCGAGAGAAACACCAUUGCCCGCCCUUCCACGCGGCCAUCCUCAGGUGCUUCUGGGGUCGAACUGCAUUCGGAAUUCAGCGAAUCCAUUCUUAAAGAUAUGGCCCUUCCCGCCACGCGAUUUUCAUCCCUCCUUUCACAUUAUUUGGAAACCUUUGGGCAACCAGUCCAGGUUCUUAUACCGUGGACUCCGUAUUUACUUUCAAACCAGGCCGUUUCAUCCAAACACUCGUUUGUGCCUCCCGUCUUUUAGCAUUGAGCAUUGAACCGUUCGACUUCUCCGUCUCUCUCUCGUUGUCCGAUAUCUGUCCGAUAGUCCAUAUCGAUAUCUCAGCAAAACGAGUUCAGCCUCCUCAAUUGCUCUUUUGCCCCGUCUAAGUUCACAAACCCUAGGACGGCCCAGCAAGAACAGGCUUGGCACGAGCCACCUGGCACCUGAAUCGGUACAUUUUGCGCGUCAACGACUCCUGCAUCGGUUUAGCGCCGAUUCUUGUUGCUGCACUGUUCGACGCAUGCAAGUCGAAAACUGGCACUGAAAGUGUCUAGUGCAUUCUCCAAGGCUCGUAUUUCAGCAGUUGUCCAUUUGUCACCCACCCAGUCUCACGCGUCGAAAAGACUUGUCCAAAAAAAAAGAUAUACAUAAAAGAAGAGAAGCCACAACGCACGUGGAACAAUCACGAAGCGGCCCCCUGUUGCUUUUUUUUUUCUUUGAGAAGACAGAGCCAGAGCCACGCGAAGAUCAAGCGCCAUCCCAGUCUCUCUUGGAUUGACGUCAGUCAGUGGAGCCCAGUGUCAAAACGCCAUCCGCUCCGCUGUCACCUCUCGGCACCUAGCGCCAUUUACUCCACCAAGAGAGCUCUUUCUGGGACCAAGGCCAGCAGCACAGCCCGAUCGAUUUUUCCCAUUUGCUGCAAGAGGUCACCUACAAUUGGCAGGCGGGAGUCGGGUUGUUAUCUUUGGAGUCGAUUCAUAAAAAGGGUGGCAGGGUCGUCAGAAGUUCCAAUAGUUGUUUGCCCUUACGCUUGGAUAUCCGGCCUUAUCACUACUACCACUUACUUCCAUUACUUUACCGCCCGCAACGCUACGCUACGCUGCCCACGCAUUUCUCUACUAUUCCUUGUCAGACCGCCUGGCUGUUUGCUCCGUGAGGUUGGAUUUGUUUGGACACCAGCAUCCCACGCACAACACGGUUCCUUGAUUUCAGCAGGAACCUGCGACAGGUUUUUCGUGGGUCCGUCUCUCGGAAAAGCUCCUGCACAAUCAGGCACCCCAGUCCCACGGCCCACUUCGGCGCGACAGGAUCCAUCAACAUCACCAGAGCUACGCCUGCCCCCAGCAUCUUUUUGUCGUCCUUGACCUUGCGAACUGCGAUCACGACCCUGUCACCUUGCGGGCCCGCUGCAGAUCCUUCUCAUUUCCCAUCUUCUUUCCUCAUCAGCACGUACCACAGCGAAGCAAUAAAGUUAUCGCACCCCCCGCAGCGCCCGACAAGAUGGCGACCGCAACAUCCCAGAACAGGAACCUCCCCCCUGCGCCUGCUUAUCAGUACCCUCAGGCCCCGCCGCAACAGCAGCAGCAACAGUAUCCACAGUACCAGCAGUCAUAUCAGCAGUCUUACCAGCAGCGCCAGCAGCAUCCUUCCCAACAACAACAACAUCCGCUUCAUUCGACUCAGCAGCGCCCUGCGAACCCAACCAGGAAAUCUAGAAGCUUCAGUCUCAGGUCGGACAAAUCCCAGGGUUCUAGCAGCAAUCAGAAAGCCGACAAGGUCGACUUGCACGAGACCCCAGCCGAGAAGGAAGCCAAAAGACUUCACAGCAAAGCCGAUCCCACCCUCGCAAUGCAAGAGGCGGAACCUGCACAGGUUGCCGCAAACGAAGCAUCGUCGCUCGCGCCUUUGAGGAGCAUUCAACACAAGGAUCUCUAUGGCAACCCAAUCGCCGAACCUGACCGCUCUAAUCCCACCAGAAGCCGCUGGGAACGACCAUUAGACACGAUUCGGAGUUUCGAGGCAGCAAUUGAUGGCGGAUACAGCAACAGGAAGUCCAUGAUCCGGCCCGACCCGGAUGCCAGAGCCAACCGACGAGCUAGCUAUUAUGGCAAUGGCAAUGGUGGUAGAUUCUCGCACGACAGCUACUACGGCAGCCGGCCGCCAUCCAUGAUGUACCAUGAUCGUGUCGGUGGGAGCCAACAGGACCUCAGACAACAUCACUACGACCAAGGGUACAGCGGUCACCCGGCAGCUGGACGGCAAAGGUGGAACCGAAUGCAGUCCGACCCGCACGGUAACAGGCCGGGUCCCAAUGAAUAUGUGCUCCCCAGCAACCAUCGGUCCUAUGAGACAGUUACAACGGCGUCAGGGAGUGGUACGUCAGGAGAGCCAGCCGGGUAUCAGACGGACCCAACAAGCAGCGAUAAUAGCUCCAUCGAGCGGGUUCAGUCGGCGCCGAAGAGGAAACCAGCACCGCAACAACAGCAGAUGAACGACUACGGCAUUGGGUUCAGCAACAACUCGGUGUACCCGCCACCAUCGUUUGCAGUGGGAGCUCAAAGCAGCAGUUCAAGCUCGGGAGAUUUGCCCAACUUUCAGCAACAGGCACCCCCUCCAGCGGUUCCUCAGAAGGGUUCGACGUUGAGGAAAACCACGACUGCGUCGCCACCUCAGGUGCAGGAUAGACCCUCGCCACCGGAGAAGAGGAAGAGUUGGUUUUCGAGGAGGUUUAGCAAGAACAACUAAGAGGGGUCGACAUUUUUGACGAUUGCUUUUUCCGAUGAUAUUUCGACAGUUUGUUUAAGUUGCCGCCGCCGAUAAUGUCGAGUUUUUUGAUACCCGAUGGUUCUUCUCACUCUCGCCUUUUAAAAAAACGUCUGGUAUGGAUGUGGGGCUUUGGUGGGGGUUUGCUACCGUUCAGAUGUUUUUGUUGCAUGGGGGCGUUGCGUUUUGUCAGGCUGUUGUGGACAGGCAUAUUGGCAGAGAGGAGAAAAAUAAGGAGAUUGGACAUUUAGAAGAUGUAGGAUGUUCGACUAGUUGCGGAUGGUUUGGCGUCUUGUCGUUUUUCUCAGCGAAAUACUCGACUGGAGGUGGUUUUCUAGGACGGGAUUGUGAUUUUGAUGAUGAAUGGGUUGGUUUGUGUUGAAGUACACGUAUACGCACACGGUUGGGACGGGAAAGGGAAGGGAAAGGGAAAGGGAAGCACGUUAGGAAAUGGGAAUUACUACUACUGCUGCACAAGGGUUUUUUUCUGUCGAGUCCUUUGUUCUGAUUUGGUACAUGAAAGAAAGAAAAAUAAUGAGAGGGAUUCUUUUUUUGGUUUUUAACAUUUUGGUGUGUUCUUGCUGGUGUUUUCUUGUGUGUGUGUGUGUGGGUGUGAUUUGGGGGGUUGAGAGAUGAGAUAUGGUUGGAUAU